CGAAGAUUUCCCGCGCGGGGCUCCGCCCCCCGGCCAAUCGGACCGGCGCUCGCCCGAGCCUAGAUUCUCUUUGUUCCGCAGCCAUUUCAGGCCCCGGACGGGAGGCAGCGCCGCUUCGGCAGAAGGGCCCAAGCGCCGGAGGCCUCUGGGAUGGUGUGGGACCGGCAAACCAAGAUGGAGUAUGAGUGGAAACCUGACGAGCAAGGGCUUCAGCAGAUCCUGCAGCUGCUCAAGGAGUCCCAGUCCCCAGACACCACCAUCCAGAGGACCGUGCAACAAAAACUGGAACAGCUUAAUCAAUAUCCAGACUUCAACAACUACUUGAUUUUUGUUCUUACAAAACUAAAAUCUGAAGAUGAGCCCACAAGAUCAUUGAGUGGUCUGAUCUUGAAGAAUAAUGUGAAAGCUCAUUUUCAGAACUUCCCAAACGGUGUGACAGACUUUAUCAAAAGUGAAUGUCUAAAUAACAUUGGUGACUCCUCGCCUCUGAUCAGAGCCACUGUUGGUAUUUUAAUUACAACCAUAGCUUCCAAGGGAGAACUGCAGAAUUGGCCUGAUCUCUUACCAAAACUCUGUAGUCUGCUGGAUUCUGAGGACUACAACACCUGUGAGGGAGCAUUCGGUGCCCUGCAGAAGAUCUGUGAAGAUUCCGCCGAGAUUCUAGAUAGUGAUGUUCUAGAUCGCCCCCUCAACAUCAUGAUUCCCAAGUUUUUACAGUUCUUCAAGCACAGUAGCCCCAAAAUAAGGUCUCAUGCUGUUGCAUGUGUCAAUCAGUUCAUCAUCAGUCGGACUCAAGCACUGAUGCUGCACAUUGAUUCUUUCAUUGAGAAUCUCUUUGCACUGGCUGGGGAUGAGGAAGCAGAGGUGCGGAAAAACGUGUGCCGGGCACUUGUGAUGCUGCUCGAAGUCCGGAUGGAUCGCCUGCUUCCUCAUAUGCAUAACAUAGUUGAGUACAUGCUGCAGAGGACCCAAGACCAAGAUGAGAACGUGGCUUUGGAGGCCUGUGAAUUCUGGCUGACUUUGGCUGAACAGCCAAUAUGCAAAGAUGUUCUUGUAAGGCAUCUGCCUAAGUUGAUUCCUGUGUUAGUGAAUGGCAUGAAGUACUCAGAUAUCGACAUUAUCCUGCUUAAGGGUGAUGUGGAAGAAGAUGAGACAAUUCCUGACAGUGAGCAGGACAUCAGGCCACGGUUUCAUCGCUCAAGGACGGUGGCUCAGCAGCACGAAGAGGAUGGGAUUGAAGAAGAAGAAGAUGACGACGAUGAGAUUGAUGAUGAUGACACAAUUUCUGACUGGAAUCUGAGAAAGUGUUCUGCCGCUGCUCUUGAUGUCCUUGCGAACGUGUACCGCGAUGAACUCUUGCCGCACAUUUUGCCCCUUUUGAAAGAAUUGCUUUUCCAUCAUGAGUGGGUUGUUAAGGAAUCAGGCAUCUUGGUUUUAGGAGCAGUUGCUGAAGGUUGCAUGCAGGGCAUGAUUCCAUACCUGCCCGAGCUCAUUCCUCACCUUAUUCAGUGCCUCUCUGAUAAAAAGGCUCUUGUGCGUUCCAUCACUUGCUGGACUCUUAGCCGCUAUGCACACUGGGUAGUCAGCCAGCCGCCAGAUACAUACCUGAAGCCAUUAAUGACAGAACUGCUGAAGCGUAUCCUGGAUAGCAACAAGCGCGUACAAGAAGCCGCUUGCAGUGCCUUCGCUACGUUAGAAGAGGAGGCCUGCACAGAGCUUGUCCCGUACCUGGCUUAUAUACUCGAUACCCUCGUCUUCGCAUUCAGUAAAUACCAGCACAAGAACCUGCUCAUUCUGUACGAUGCCAUAGGGACGCUAGCAGAUUCAGUGGGACAUCAUUUAAACAAGCCAGAGUACAUCCAGAUGCUCAUGCCUCCUCUCAUCCAGAAGUGGAACAUGUUGAAGGAUGAAGACAAGGACCUCUUCCCUUUACUUGAGUGCCUCUCAUCCGUCGCCACAGCCUUGCAGUCUGGCUUCCUUCCAUAUUGCGAACCUGUGUAUCAGCGUUGUGUAAACCUAGUGCAGAAGACGCUAGCACAAGCCAUGCUAAACAAUGCUCAACCAGAACAAUAUGAAGCUCCAGAUAAGGACUUUAUGAUUGUGGCUCUUGACUUACUCAGUGGCCUGGCUGAAGGACUGGGAGGCAGCAUCGAGCAGCUAGUAGCCCGAAGUAACAUCCUAACACUAAUGUAUCAGUGCAUGCAGGAUAAAAUGCCUGAAGUUCGGCAGAGUUCUUUUGCAUUACUGGGUGAUCUGACUAAAGCUUGCUUUCAGCAUGUCAAGCCUUGUAUAGCUGAAUUCAUGCCAAUAUUGGGAACCAAUCUAAAUCCAGAGUUUAUUUCAGUCUGCAACAAUGCUACCUGGGCGAUUGGAGAGAUAUCAAUUCAAAUGGGUGUAGAGAUGCAGCCUUAUGUUCCUAUGGUGUUGCACCAGCUUGUAGAGAUCAUUAACAGACCCAACACCCCGAAGACGCUGUUGGAGAACACAGCAAUAACAAUUGGUCGUCUUGGUUACGUUUGUCCUCAAGAGGUGGCCCCCAUGCUACAGCAGUUUAUAAGACCCUGGUGUACCUCUCUGAGAAACAUAAGAGACAAUGAAGAGAAAGAUUCAGCAUUCCGUGGGAUUUGUACCAUGAUCAGUGUGAAUCCCAGUGGCGUAAUCCAAGAUUUUAUAUUUUUUUGUGAUGCUGUUGCAUCGUGGAUUAACCCAAAAGAUGACCUCAGAGACAUGUUCUGUAAGAUCCUUCAUGGAUUUAAAAACCAAGUUGGGGAUGAAAAUUGGAGGCGAUUCUCUGACCAGUUUCCUCUUCCCUUAAAAGAGCGUCUUGCAGCUUUUUAUGGUGUUUAAUCUAAUACACUUAAGCUGCAAUCCCAAAUUAGGGGUCCGUCAGUCUUGGAGACUAUAUGGGAGCCUCUGCACCCAGGGAAAAUGUUACCCUUUACAGGGGGGAAGGGUAAACCAGUAGGGAAUACAGUACAAUCCCAACCCUACUGGGAGGGGCGGGAGGGAGGUGUUGCCGUCACUGUAUUAAGUCGAUGUUGGGAAAUGUUUUAACAUCUGGAGCCUUGUGGGUGGAUGUCUGUCUCCAAUUACAACUCUGCACUGGAUGUGAAGAAGCAAAGACUAUCCGUCUACUCACACAACAGUACUUUCUGAAAUAUUAUGGGGCAUUGUACCAAACAAGAACCGCCUAAGCAAUGUGCAGGGAUAAGGAGGAGGAAAACCCCAUGGUCCUCAGAGGGAAGGAAGCUACAACAGUGAGGAAGCUUUUUCAUUAAAGGUUUUCUAUAAUUUUCCCACGUUACGGGGGCCUUGUUUUGCACGCUGAUGAAGAACUACACAAAACUAACAGUUAAAAUCAGCUUGCCUCCCCCUAGUAGAAGCAGGUUCUUGGAAGUUACAAUUUAAGGUACCCCCAAAAAGUUGGAAAUAAAACAAAACAAAUUUGAACAAUGAAGCACCCUGUGAGAUGCCAACGAGUCACUCCUUUUACCUUUGCGGGCUGGGCAGGGAGGGAGGAAUAAGUGGGGUCGGGGUAUCAAAGUAAAGGUGACAUCUAAUUUUACAUUAAAACGUUAGUGGGUAUUAUUUCAUGGUUGUACUUCUUAGAUUUAAUUUCUAGGCCAACACGUUAUCUUAAGGUGCAGUUUAAGGUUCAGGCAUGCGCUCUGGCUCAUAGUGAUUGAAAGUGAUGUAAUUAGUGGGACCGAAGCAUGCUUGCAUCACAUAGAGUGCGGUUGGUGUUCAUUUACCUAUGUUGCGCCAGUUUGGGUUGCAGUUUACCAAUUCAAUAUAGCCCUGCAUUUAAAAUUCCUUUAAGAUUUUGUGGGUUUUAUUUUUAUUAAGGAUAUAGAUAUAUAAAGUACUGUAGUUUACAGCUAGGCCUUGAAAUACCCUUUUAGGAUCUGUUAGGAAUAAGAUUGAUAUUGUAUUGUGUGUAACCUGCACAAUGUGGAAAGCUGAUAAACCUGUGCAAAGCCUUUGCCUCUGUGCUGUCAGUGUGGUGUGCUUUCUGCAUGGUUAUAUACUAUUAGUGAUUUUAUCAAAUUUCAAAUUUCAUGGUAAAAGAUCUGUAAAAGGCUACAUAAAUGUUAGUUGGCACAUAAAGACAAUUGUAGAAGUUGAAACAUGAUCGCUAUAGUUCAGUGUUUAUUCCCACUCAACAUGUUGCCUUCUAAGCUUUCCUGUUUUUUGUUUUUGUUUUGUUUUUGUUUUCCUUUUUUGUUUUCGAAGCAUGAUCUUAAAGAUAUGUUUAAGUUAAUGGAUGUAAUGCAGGGUUCCUACACUGUAUUGGCGCAUGUUGGUGGCCCUUUGUGCCCUAAGUGUAUGCACAUAAGGCACGUUCAAAGCUACAGAGUGAGAGUUGGUUUGGAUCCUCUUCAUUUCAUUUGUUUGGCUUUUCUGUUAUUUUUUUCCUCUACUUACAUGUAUUUCUGUGAAUAAAUCCGUGUUCAGUUAACCCUUUA